AUGUUACGCCACGUAUCGUGGCUGUGCGCAGGCCAAGACACCCCUCCUUAUGUCAUGGCGUUGCGGGGCAGCAGGGCAGCCUCUGAGAGCUGAAACAGACGUUGCGUCAACUGAUCAACAACAACUGAUCAGACCCCUAUUGCUACACGCUGCUCCUACACUGUCUGGCCUGCAACACUCUCUCACCUGGCGCACUCUCUAUUCGUGUAUUGAUACUCCCCACUCCUGGAACCGCGUUCUACAAUUUGCGCAGCUUGAAGGCAGGAGCUCCGCUUCCCCCGCCUGCAAAAUGCCUCGCCAGCUCGCAUUCAGCGACAUGUGGCUGCCAUGCCUCAUCCUUCUCGUGCUCUGGGCGCGCCCGACGGCGGCGUUUGGCGCAGGCAACAUCGCCAGCCUGAGCAAGAUCGAGGGGCAGAAUUGGCGCCAUGGAGACAUCGAGGACACGCUGCUCACGCUGCUCAUCUCGUCUCGCACGGGCAAGAAGUUCAGCAAGAUGGACGUCAAGAGGGUCUACUUUGGCAAUUGGCUGCGUGAUUACUCGCAGGCCGUCGAUGUCGGCACCGUCAAGAUGGUGUCGGCCGAGGCGAUUCGCAUCCUGCUCUGGGUCCUGGGCUUCCUGAGCUUUGGCUACGGGACAAAGGAGUUUGAGGUUACCAGGGACAGGCUGGGGUGCUACCGCCCCGAGGAGCACAUUGACAACCCCAAGGACUACGCCGACAACCUCGAUGCGCGCGACUACGACCGCCGACUACGCGGGCCCGUCGAUGAGAGGCGCGAGCUGGCCGUCGAUGAGCGCACCGGCCUGAAGAACUACAUUGCAUCGGAGGACCUGGGCAUCACAACGUCAGCUGGCAUGGUCCGCGACCUGCUCCGCCGCUGCAUCGACCUUGGACGGCGUUCUGGCGGCCGUGGACCAGACUUCUACGAAGCCCUGCGACUCCUCGGAACGGCUACGCACUGUCUCGAGGACUACUCGGCCCACUCCAACUACACCGAGCUCUGUCUAAUCGAACUCGGUGCUCGCGAUGUCUUCCCGCACGUAGGCAGGAACGCCAGGUUUCAGAUCGAGGGCGUGCGCAACCCCGUCUAUCCUAUCAUUACUGGAACCUUUGGUGGUGUUGACUUCUUGCACUCCGUGUGCGGAGAAAUCACCGACAAGGCCACGCAGUCUGAACUUCAAGAGCUCGAAGGCGCCAUCAACGACGCCGACCGCAAGCAGAACAAGAGCGCCAUCAAGGAUCUCCUCGCAAAGUUGCCCAGCGGCAUCUUUGGUGACAAGGACCAAGCCGGAAAGGCUGACGAGCUCGAGGCAAACGCGCAAGCAGCCAAGAUGGACAACAUGCACAUUAGCCCCAAGGAGCCGGAGGAGUUUACCCAGCAGCUGGAUGCACUCGUGAAGCAGAUCUACCCCAUCAUGGAGUUCCACGAUGAAAUCAUGCAGUCCAUCUCAGAGUUCAUGGAGAACAUCCCAGUCCUCCCCGAGCUCAUCGAGCAGCUCCAGGAGCAAGUCAACAUCUUUGUGUUCAGUCUACUUGCUCCUUUCGUUGUACCCAUCAUCUCUCAGGUCAAGACGGAGCUCGAGACUGGUUCCAGCGAGGUCAUUGCCAGCUCGCGCGAGAAGCAGCACAUUGUCUUCAACGACGAUGACUCGACCGAUCCUACUCACAGUAUGCUUUCCAAGGAUCACUUCAGCAACUUGCUGAACGAGCCCGCUGGAAGAGUUGCGUCUGAAGUCCUGAAGUGGGCAGUCCCUCAGGUCGUUGCCUGCUGGGAUGGCGAAGCCGACCCGGAGCAGACCAUUGACACCAUAAUUCAAGCUGUAUUCCAUCACCCUGCGCAGCUUACUCACCGGGACCGUCGUGUCGAGCAGGGCCGUAACGUCAUGUUCAACACUGUCAGGCAGUGGUGGGAAGAGAAAGGAGAUGGCCAGCGUCAACUCCUCAGGCAGCUUAGCCGCGAAGGUGUCCAGCAAGGCUUGAACCACAAGGAAGGCCCGAAGGACUCUGGCCACGGAUGCUGCAAGCCGCUCGGCAUGGCCAAUGACUUCUCCUUCGGAGGUAAGAGUGGUGGAGGCAAUGCCCAAGCCCAGCAGAUCGGCAACCAGGCCGGAAAGCUGGCCAGCGAGGCCGUCGGCGGUGGCGCUCUCGGUGGCCUUGUUGGAGGCCUUGUUGGUGGCAUCGGUGGUUCUCUCCUUGGAGGUGCAUUCGGAGAUGACGAGAAGCAGAGCAAGAAGGAAAAGAAGUAUGGUGACGAUGGUUCAUACACCCAGUCUUACUCUGAGUCUGGCCACCACAAGAAGAGCUCUCGCGACGACUCUGAGCGCUAUGGGCAGGCCUCCUACGAGCAGACGCAAUACCCUGGUGGUGGACGCCGCGAGGAGUACUCUCGCCACGAGCAGGAUACGAGCGGCGGAUCGUACGGUUACGAGCAACGCGUCGAGACAAGCAGCUAUGGUGGCUCAGGCGGCUACGAGCGACACGAGGAGCGCCGCUAUGAGAGCGGUGGCCAAACUCGCAUCGAAGAGUCUCGCGAAGGCUUCGAUCGCGAGGGAGAAUACUACAAGGAAGAGAAGAAGAAGACCAAAAAGUACGGUAAGAAGUCUGAAGACGAGGACUCAAACGACGAAGACGACUACGAGAAGCGCGCAAGGAAGGAGCGCAAGCGUCGCGAAAAGGAGGAGAAGAAGAAAUACAAGCAGGGUAGUGAUGACGAGCGCUCUGGCGACGAUGCUUACAAGCGGCGUUCAGGAGAGCACAAGCGCCACGGCAGCCCCAAACAGCACUCGGGCGGCUACUCAGGCGCGAGCGGCGGCUACGGCGAGGAGCGAAGGUACGGCGAGGAGCCCCGUCGUGAGGAGAGCAGCGGCUACGGACGCCAGGAGCAGUCUUCCUACGGCCGUCAGGAACAGUCCGGAUACGGGCGCCAGGAGCAGUCAAGCUAUGGCGGCGACUCGUAUAACUCUGGCGGCGGAGGCUACGGCGGUCGACAGGAGCAAUCGCAGUCCAGCUACGGCGGCGACUCUUACUCUUCCGGCGGCGGAGCUAGUUAUGGACGCCAGGAACAGUCUGGCUACGGCAAGUCUGAGUACGGGCGCCAGGAGUCCUCCAGCUACGGCCGUCAAGAGCAGCCUUCGUAUGGCUCUGAGAGCUACGGCGGGCGCCCUCCCCCACCGGGAGGCUUCGGAGGGGAGUCUGAAGCGGAGGCAGCAGUAUGGCGAGGAGGGCGGGUAUGGACGCAGGUACUAGGUUUGGACCUGAGCACCUGGGUACCCUGUUGGUUAGGCAUGCGGGUGGGUUGGUACCAUACUGAGCGGAGCGGAGCUGCGCUGCGAGGCAGGUAGAUACAGCACCACGAUUGACGGCCUCAGUAAAGAAACAAGUAAAAGCGUUUUCGAUCGCCAUUUGCUGGAAUCUUGGCGCGUGAUGCUGUCGCGAAUUGUGGUCGUUGCGGACGAGACUUAAUGACGAACUAUCUUUACGAUAAUCUACC